AUGGACACUGCAAACAACAUGAUGAUAUCUCAGCAACCGCCGGCGCCUUCAGCCACGGAAAAGAACCACGGGCUUGACGAUGACAAGAUUGCCCAGAUCAACGACUCCUACGACCAAGCCCCCGGCACCAUCACCGACUUUGAGAAGCAAAAGAUCGCCGAGGGAGAGGCGCACUUCCACCGUCUAGGAUGGAAGCGUCUGACCGUCAUCCUCAUGGUCGAGGCCAUUGGCCUUGGUCUUUUCAGUCUCCCCGGUGCCUUUGCGACUCUCGGUGUUGUAGCAGGAACCUUCUGCUGCGUUACGCUGGGUCUCAUUGCCAUCUACACUGGUUACAUCAUUGGCAAGGUCAAGGUGGUUUAUCCCUCGAUUGGCCACUAUGGCGACAUCGGUGGCCUCUUGAUGGGCCGCUUCGGAGAGGAGCUGUUUGGCGGCAUGUACGUGCUACAGCUGAUUCUCAUGACUUCUUCCUACGUUCUCACGGGCACAAUCGCCCUCAACGUUCUCAGCGACAAGGGAACAUGCGGCGUUGUCUUUGGAAUCGUCACUGCGAUUCUCCUGUUUGUUUUGGCCAUCCCACCCUCAUUUACUGAAGCCGCUAUUCUGGGCUACAUCGACAUUGUCUCUGUUAUGUCCGCCAUUCUCAUCGCCGUCAUCGCGUCGGGAGUGCAAUCCUCCAACGCCCCUGGUGGUCUGGCCGCCGUCAACUGGUCAGCGUGGCCUGCCGAGGGCUGCACCUUCAAGGACGCCAUGGUAGCCAUCUGCAACAUGAUUUUCGCCUACAGUUUCUCCAUGUUCAUGACUCCAUUCCAGUCUGAAAUGCACACCCCAUCAGACUACAUGAAGUCAGUUUGGGUUCUGGGAAUCGUUGAAAUGGUCAUCUACACCGUUACAGGCGUUCUCAUCUACACAUUUAUCGGAGCUGAUGUCCAGAGCCCGGCCCUUCUCUCGCUCGAUGGCGUCAUGCCCAAGGUGGCCUUUGGCGUUGCGCUCCCCGUCAUCUUUGUGUCCGGCGCCAUCGGCAACACGGUUACUGCUCGCUAUGUUCAUAUCCGUCUCUAUAAGAACUCGAUCAUCCGAUUCAUCAACACCCCUAAGGGCUGGAUCACCUGGAUUGCCGUUCUGGCCGCCAUCACGGCUCUUUCCUGGGUUCUCGGCGAGGCCAUCCCCUUCUUCUCGGAUCUCCUCUCGCUCAUUUCCGCCCUUUUCGUGUCUGGCUUCAUUCUGUACUUCCCGCCUAUCAUGUGGUACAAGCUUCUCCUCAAGGGCAAGUGGUACGACCGAGAGAACAUCCUCCAUGCCAUCUGCUGCGUGCUGGCCUUCCUCUUCGGUCUUCUCGUCCUCGUCGGAGGAACGUACGCCACCAUCAAGGAUAUCCAACACCAUUACAAGAUUGGUGCUUUCCGGACACCGUUCUCUUGCACCGAGUGA